CUGGAGGCAAAUUGUGACCCAGAUAUCAAGGACACUGAAUACGGCUGGACCGCACUGAGUUGGGCAGCUGGACACAGCCAUGAGGGAGUUGUUAGACUCUUACUGACAAAGGGUGUCGAUCUCGUUGGAAGUGAUUACAAAGGCCGGACUCCGCUGUCUUGGACAUACAUCCUCAGAAAAGGACAUGCAAAUGUGGUACAAUUCUUACUGGACAAUGGUGCCGAACUUAUCCUUACUAAAUCAAUGCUCAACCGACAUCCUCUGAUGUGGGCGGUUAUGGAAGGAAAUGCGGAUGUGGUCAAAGUCUUACUGAGCCAGGAUGUUAAUCUAAAACUCCAAGACCCGAUGACUGGGGAGACCCCACUCCUAUGGGCUGCAGGAAGUGACCAUGAGACCAUGGCCAUGUUACUUUUAGGGGGAGGAGCUGAU